GUAAAACUUAGUGAUUUUAAAAAUCGCAAACAUAAUCUAUAGGCAGCAGACCAAUUAAACCAUUGACAGAUGCAAUCUCAAUAAUGCAAGAAUACGAUCCGAACAAUGACUUGAAAACUCCAGUUCAAAAGCGUAAACGCUUAGCACAAGCAUGCAUUGUAUGCCGUAAAAAGAAGACUAAAUGCGAUGGUGUACAACCAGAAUGCGGAAAUUGUGUGAGACUCAAGCAAGAGUGCUCCUAUAUUGCAUCAGCAAAGAAACGUAUACAAAGACAAGGCCACAUUGACAUGCUCGAACAACGACUUUUAAAAAUGGAAGCCAUGUUAGCACAAAGUAUAGGGCAUGACCAUAACCAACUUAGCCCGGUAUCGGAAACACCUUCAGAUACACCUGGUGAAUUACUCACAGAAUCACCAGCAAGUAGACUAGAAGCUAAUAUGGAUAGCCUCUAUGAAGUGCCAUCGAACCCUGUGGACACUAGUAGUCCACCAAUAGAAAGCACCAAAAAUAGUAAUAUCCAAACAGCAUGCCAUACGCAACCUACUUUUCAACGAAACAAUCAAUGGAAUUCAAACAUAUUACCUUCUGAUGACGAGAUUAUGCAUCUAACUCAGCUAUAUCUUGCUUACCUUCAUGAACUUGUCCCCAUUCUCAAUAGAGACAUUUUAUUGGAAGCUAUCGAAAAAAAAACGGUCUCUGAGUUCUUUGUAUUGAGCUUAUUCUCGGACAGGCCAAGUAUCAGGACGGAUCCUAUAUGGCAAUCAGGAGAUAAAUACGCUGAAAAGGCAAGAGCAAUAUUGAACGAUGUUCUAGAAAAUCCAAGGCUGGAAUACAUCCAAGGUCUCCUACUGUUAACAUUGCAUUAUUAUGGAUGUGCACAAGGGCCAAGGUCUUGGAUGUACACCGGAAUGGCAAUAAGAAUGUGUCUUGACCUUGAGCUUCAUAUAGAACCAGCUCUAGAGCAUUCUAUUGGGGAUGUGAUUUCUAUGGAUAAAUGGACAGAGUAUGAGACGCGCCGUAAAGUAUUUUGGGAUACAUUUUCGCACGACAAAUUCGCCAGUGCCGCAACAGGUCGACCGUCCUCUAUCCCACAGGAAGAUUGUAAUACAUUCAUGCCAACUGAAGACACUUGCCUGGUGGCCGAAAAAUUCUACGCCGAGUCAAUCGAUGGUAGGCGCUGUAUGCGGCUCUCUGUACAGAGGGACAGCAGUGCAUUUCCAGUUAGUGUUACUGUUUGCGAAAUCUUUACACCGAACGAAAUGCCAUCAAAUCGAGAGUAUAGACAAAGAAAUUGGUGUUCUCAAAUGCUUCGAGAGAUUGCUUUGAUGGGAAAGAUCACAGAGUUUGUAAACAGAGGGAUACGACGGAAAAGUCCUAUCGUUUGUUUUGAUCCUGAAUCUCCAUUUGCAAAACUUGAUUCUCAAUUGGAAGAAUGGUCCAUAAGACUACCGCACCACAUGCGCAAUACUCCUGCAAAUUUCGAAAGGUUUCGGACGAGACCAGGGUUAUCAAGUGCACUAUUCUUUUUCGCACACAUGCUUCACAACGCUAUGGUAGUUCUUUUGCAUAGACCCGCUCUCAUGCUUUCAGAGACCAUGGCUCUUGAUAUCUUGCAACCAGAAAUGCGGGAGCUUAUUCAGAACAGUAUCGAAAAAUGUAAAUCUGCAUCUGACAAUGUUACAUUGAUCUUGAGAGAGAUCAAUACUCGAAUAGAACUUAUUCCUCCAUUCUUGACGUACUUGGCCUACACAAUGACCACUGUUAUAAUCAACGACUGCUUCUCAGAGAAGCCAGAUGAAUCGCAAAAAGCAAAAACCGCUCUUUGCGAACAUUUUCGUCUAUUACAGACAAUGCGACCGUACUGGGCAAUGGCACAUAAACUGUAUUUUAUGAUUCAAGAUUUAUAUUCAUCACAAAAACAAUCUAGCAAACACCAUUCAAAAGGAAAGGGAAAGGGAAAGGAGAAAUCUAAUAUGUUCUACUCGUCUGUAAACGGAGCAGAGAUUCGAUGGGACGAUGCUUUUAUGAAGCUCGCUGACCCUUCACAACCCACGGUACUUUUACCAUCACAAAUCAAUCCUCCUAGUGUGCCAUCCUUUGGAGUAUCAUCAGCAUCGCAGUUCCACAUGCAGAAUGCUUAUGAAAAUUCGUCAUUUCUUUAUCAGGCUGCUCCAUUCGUAACUCCAUUUUCAACUACAUUAAAUCCCUUAUGGAGCAUGUCUUUGGAUGGUGUGGUAUUGCCUACUACAGAUUGGACAACAUGCAUUGACAACGACGAGAAUCAGUUCCUUGCUGCUAUACACGCCAUCACAGGAGCAAAUACACCGUCAUAUCAAAUGUUUCCAUUGCAACAUGUGGAGGAUAAUAGACAGAAUCUAGACAAUACACAAACCGAUGAAAGGUGGCCUUAUAGAUAUACAGAUCCUUCAGGAAGGCAGCCUUAA